AAAUGAAAAAGGUGAAGCCUGCAGAUCACAGGUGCUUCUGCAGAAACAAACAAAUAAGGAAAAAUCAGCAACAUGCUAAUUUGAUUAAUAGGCUGCCUUGGUGCGUUCAGGGACAGUUUGCACGGUAGGACAAAACCUCCCUGCUCGUCGCUGCUCCACUGAUCGAGUGCCUCCUGCCCCACAGCCCGGAUCUGAUCGUCACACAGAGGUUUCCCCCCCUGCUGCAUGCGUAACAUCUCUCCAAGUCCAUCCGUGGUGCUCACCGAGACCUCCGCGCCUGGAUCUCUGCUUCCCACACGGAAUACGCACGAGCCAGUCCGAGAGACCCCUCCGAGGAGAAACCGAACCACCAGGAUCCACCUUCCCCGGGUUCAGUCCGCGCAGAAACGAGCCUGGGAUUUCCUCUUAACAUUUUCAGAUUUGACAGAUCCUCUUUUUUUUUCUGUGUGCGCGCGCGCGUGUGCGUGUGUGUGUGUGUGAGUGUGUGUGUGUUGGGUGGAGUCAACCCGGAUUCUCCUAAUUGGAAAAGCAUUGGCAGAUUUUGAGCACCAUGAAGGACGGGAUCGCCAACAACAGCACGGCCAGCAUCUCCCAAGCCAGGAAAGCUGUGGAGCAGCUGAAGAUGGAGGCCUGCAUGGACAGGAUAAAGGUUUCCAAAGCAGCUGCAGACCUGAUGGCGUACUGCGACGCCCACAUACGCGAGGACCCGCUCAUCAUGCCCGUCCCCGCCUCCGAGAACCCCUUCCGGGAGAAGAAGUUCUUCUGCAGCAUCCUCUGAUGACCCGCCGGUAGAGCUGUGCGAGCGCGGGCAUGGCGUUUUCUGGCUUACCUGUCUUCACCACACCUGAAGCGACUGGCCGUAGGCGUUGAGUUGAGUUUUGCCAGGCGGACACUCUGUUGUUGGUCAGCUCUGUCCUGGUGGCUGAAGGUUUUUGGGGGGAGUCGGCUACCAAACUGGCAACCCAGUGAGCGUAUCAUGUCUUGUUAAAUAGGUUUGUUAUUGCUUUGUUAUUAGAGAACAGCCUUGCUCAGUGCUUAAUGAGAUGAGAGAUUUUCUUUUUCUUUUUCGUGCUAGAUCUUAACAUGCCUCAGGAAACAGAAAUUCGCCCAGUGUCUUUGACCUUUUUUAGCAUUUAUCCCCCUUCCUUUCACCCGAACGAAAAGGCGUCCAUCUUUGUUUUACCCGCAGGAACACUCCCGUUAGCUUCUCGUUGCUUUCAGUGAACAGGUUCGCCUAUUUGUAGCGACACUUAACUGAAAGCACCACUAAAAUUCGGCUCUUCCCUCAGUAGUGGUUUCUGUUUCAAUCUGCCUGCAGAGUCACCAACAAUUAACCCGCUCGAUUUAGUGCUGCAGCACGGAUCCAGAUCAGAGUAGAGAGACCUCGUCUCACAUAUAAAUUAUUUCACUUUGUGCAAACGGCAUCGCUAAUAAGGAGGAGGUUUCUGCACAUCAAGAUCUGCUGCAUUGAAUAAUAUUUGAUGCAAGGUGCAGAGUUAAUGUUUCAAUGAGGUCUUCAGGGUUAUCUCUGUGCAAACAGCCCUUAAGUCAAAUUUUAUUUAUGAAUCCGCUCCUCCUUUAAUGCGCUCAAUCUCUGCUGCUGUGUUUGAUUUACUCCUCAUACACUCCGCCCGCAACAAAUCACAGACUCUGGUUUCGUCCUGCAGCCUUGAAUGGAAUAUUUUCCCUCCUUCCUGCUUCGGUUUGUUUUCUGGGCAUGUUUCCUGAGCCUGAUUCUUUUUGCCUGUCCUAGAGUGAAUGGCAAGGCCUUCGACAUUAAAGCCAAACCAGAGGCCUGCAUGUUUCUCCGCUCCUUUUUGACAGCCUCCUCUGUUUCCGAGGGCCUGUCGGUCUUUUAGAGUGUACAGUAUGUUACAGUGCCAACUUCUGUGGGAGCAGCGUGAUCGUCACACUGUCGCCUCGCAGCCUUUUUUCUGUUUCUGUUUGUUUUGGAAGAAAAAGCACACUGUCCAAGAAUUUCCUUUAAAUGGUAGUUGAAUAGCAUUUGCUGAUUUUUACGAUGAAUUGUUCUGAUCGUUAUGAAUAUUGUUAUUAUGAGUAGUAUUAUGAAUAUUUGUUGCACAGCACUGACAGCUAAAUGACGUGUAGUGCUACUAAGCUUGUAUGAUAUUUAGGUAAAAACAUUUAUAAAACAUGCAAUUAUUGAUACUAUCUGAGUAUUUUUUAAAAACAAUGCUAAGGGUCGGUUUACAUAAAAUGAUCCCUGCGGUGGUUCAGGCUUUUUCAUCCUUCUUUCUGUCAAAUUUAAAGAAACCUCCUCUCGGUACUUGAACAGCCAUCGCAUUAGGAAUCAAACAGACGAAUAUUAUUGGGCUCUUUUUCAGGAUACUUACCGUCUUUAUUUCCUCUCCAAACCACCUGAGGCUCACCUCAGGGCGCUCCCUCUGACCUCAUCUGAAGGAUGGUGCCAAAUCUGAAACAAGAAAUAUUACGGCUAGAGAUGAAUAUUGCAUGGAUUUAUUUCUAUCUAUAACAGAGAGAACUACUAUGAUAUGAGAUAUUGCCUCUUCAUUGACUUUCUGGGUGCUACUCUGCACAUAUCGGGAGUUUGAUAUGUCGACGAUGUGCAGCUGUAUUCAUGAAUGGUUUAAUCGUUUUGGUAAAAUAUUAGCAUUUAAAUAGCAGGCUUUGUAAAUCCUUUGAUGGAUCAAAUGAAUUAAAGGAAACGGCAACCCAAA